CAGAGUGUAUUAUCCUCUGCUGUGAUGGCAAAAUUGUGGGUUUUCAUGAUGAAGCCCACACUGGAUUAGCUGGAUCACCAUCACUGGGCUGAUCACCAUCCUCCUUACAACUGUCCACAGACCCAUCUCCUUGGAAACAGCAGGACUUGUUUAUGUGACAGUAAUAAGGAAACUAAUUGAUGCGUAGCAGCUACAGGCGUGCGAGGGAGCCAUGUUCCACUGGAGGACGUUGGAAAAGUGAAUCUCCUCUUAUGCCAAAAGGUUAGAUGGCAUGAGCAAAACCCAUGUUCAUCCUCUGGAGUUUCCAAAGUUGCCUUGCCCUGUUCACAACAGCAGUAGGAAGCCUGUUGCAUGCACACAUCUGUGUUUUUAUGGACCUUUUUUGCUAGUCUUUUUCAUCACCAAUGUGUUGGGGUUGAGAAGCAAUGGGAAAAUUGGCUAUGGAUUCUCAAUCAAAGAACAGUUUCGUAGGAAGCUUUCUUCAGCCACCAGAUAAGAUGCUUCCUGCAGCCUUUGCUUAUGUAGAAUCAAAGAAGUUGGCAGCUGUUGGUGGUGACAGGCCAUCUAUCCCCAAUAACCAAGCUCUGGUGGCAGCCCUGAAAACUCUUCAAGAAAAGAUUCACCAUCUAGAGUUGGAGAAGUCACAGGUUGAAGAUAAUCUGCGCAGCCUCUCCAUAGCAGCUGCUCAGUAUAGGAAGGCCUUAAAGCAUGAAUCCUACAAGAGGGACACAGUACAUCAAGAACUGAUGCAACAGAGGAAAGAUAUAAGUGUGCAGAUAAAUGCAGCACAAUCCCGCUGCUCCCUGCUGGAGAAACAGCUGGAUUACAUGAGGAAAAUGGUUUCCAGUGCGGAACUGGAAAAGAAAAUUAUUUUAGAACAACAGGCCCAGUUUCAGAAAGAGGAAGAUCAGAAGCGGUUAGAACUGCACGCAAAACUUGAAAAGCUUGAAAUGCUAGAAGAAGUGUGUUUUAAACUUACUGCUACUCAGAGAAUUGCAGAAGACAAGAUCAAACACUUAGAAGAAAAGCUUUGUAAAGAAGAGCAUCAGCGUAAGCUAAUACAAGACAAAACUGCUCAGCUUCAAACAGGAUUUGAGAUCAACAGAAUUUUGAUGUCUUUGGUAACAUCUCAAAAUGAACCUAAAAAGGAAAACGGGAAGAAGAAAAAAACUAAGAAGAGAAAUCCUACAAUGAAGAAAAUGCACCUUUCACAAUUACAUGUAAAGGCUGGUGAACUACCUUUUGUGGCUGGGAAGUCUGUCAGCUCCAGCCAUUCUGUUAGUGCAAAUGUACAAAGUGUGUUGCAUAUUAUGAAGCAUCGCAAUCCACGUAUCUCACCACGAAGCCAAGGAGGAGCUUCAUCUGGGAUUUCAGCACACAGUGCACUUUCAAAACCUGUAUCGUCUUGUUCCACAUCACCUACUGCCACCAGAAAUCUUUCGGACCUUCUGUUGGCCAUACAAGAUGAGCUGGGCCAAAUGAGCUUCAAGCAUCAAGAACUUCUGAAGAAGAUACAGGAGAUUGAAGAUUCCAGAGUUUGUGAAGGCCUAGAAGGGGAGCUGGAUUGCCUUGUAAAACAAAUGGAGAUUAAAGGAGAACAAAUAUCCAAGCUGAAAAAGCAUCAGGCUACUGUGCAGAAAUUAAAGAGAAAAACUCAGAAAUUGAAGCAAGGGGCAGCUCAUGUCGAACUGAAGUGUGGUGACAAAAAGGAAGCAAAGGAAAUUGCAGUCACUGUAAGGAAAAGUUUUUCUAAAUCUUGUCCUGGGCAGAAAAGCAGAAGCUCUCUUCAGCUGCUAAAAUAUGUGCAGAAACUUCAGUCAACACUGAAAAAAGAUGGUAUCAUGUGGGAACAAUAGUUCUGAAGUUCACUGUGUUAGAAGUUCUUGAAGUUGUCUGACAGCUAGUAAAUUUUUAAUUUUACAAAGUACUUUUAAAAAAUAAAAUAGAUAUAGCAUAGAUAUAGAUAUACAUUCUAAACUGCCUACUCACUAGUAGGUCAGUUUGUUCACCUCAGAAUUAACUUUAAUGUAGGGUAGCUAUAAUUCAA